AGGCGGAAGUGUACAUGAGUCCUGAAACCGGCAUGGAGCUCUGCAUGUUUAUCAGCGUAGAGAACUUUAUACUGAGCGCCUUUUGUUGACUAACGUUACAGACUGAUAGCACAAGGCGUUUUCAUCUGGCUUUUGUCUUUAACUUUCACUAUAGUACCUUUUAUCAUGAUUUUUAGGGCUUAGCGUUUAGUAGCAAGGUUGCUAAAAUGAUGCUGCUCUCUGAAACAGUCAGUCUCCUCUUUUGUCUGCUUUUAGUUUUUGCUGUUGGACCUGGCAGCACGAAGGAUGUCAAAGCUUUAUGUUCAACUUGCACACGCAUCGUUGAGAAUUUCAACAAGGGCUUUGAGAGAACUGCAAAUAAAAACUUUGGUGGUGGAAACACUGCAUGGGAAGAAAGGAAACUGUCCAAAUAUGAGACCAGUGAGAUUCGGCUGAUGGAGAUUCUGGAGGGCUUGUGUGAAAGCAGCAGUUUUGAGUGUAAUCACAUGUUGGAAGAACAUGAGGAGCAAUUUGAGACCUGGUGGUUCAAGAGGAAAACUAAACACCCAGACCUGCAUAAAUGGUUUUGCAUUGAAACCAUCAAAGUGUGCUGUCCGAAAGGAAUGUUUGGACCAGACUGUAACUCAUGUGUAGGAGGAGCUGAAAGACCUUGCCAUGGCAACGGCAGGUGCGAUGGUGAUGGGACGAGGGGAGGAAAUGGCAAGUGCUCUUGUGACUCUGGAUAUGAAGGAGAGUUUUGUCUGGAUUGUGCUGAAAGAUAUUUCAGCGAAGAGAGGAAUGAUACCUUUUCCUUGUGCAAAGAAUGUCAUCCGUCUUGCACUAAGUGCUCUGGAGCCACUGCUGAGGACUGUGAGGAGUGCAGGGAAGGCUGGGAGGAAGACCAGGAAGGCGCAUGCAUUGACAUCAACGAGUGCUCCAACGAUCCCUCUCCAUGCAAAGACAAAGAGUACUGCCUUAACACAGAUGGAUCUUAUACCUGCAAUGUGUGUGAUAACAGAUGUUCAGGCUGUAAAGGACCGGGGCCUGGAAACUGCCUGGCCUGCUCUGAGGGCUACAAGGAUGAAGAGGGCACCUGCACAGAUGUGAACGAGUGUGAGCUGCCUGACGCAGUGUGCACAGAGGAACACCAGGAGUGUGUCAACACUAAAGGCAGCUACAAGUGUCGGUGCGCCAGUGGCUUUCAGGAGCAAGAUGGAAUCUGUGUUCAGCAGCCAGAACCAGAGGAGAGUCAGGAAGGACCUGCGUCUGAUGCUGAGGAUUCCGAAUCUACCAACAGGGUAACAGAACAUGUUGACCUGUGACAUGUUGCUGCAGUACCUGUUUUGGCCACCAGGUGUCAAUAACUGUUCCAAAAGUGUGUUCAGAAUCAUGUGGAGUACACAGCACUUACUGCACACACUUGACAAACUGCACUUCUGUACCGGCAGAACAUGGACAGCUUAUUUUUGUACUGCGGAAAUACAACGAUGUCAUGCCCAAGCACAACCUCCCACUGCUGCCGAAUGUCCUUUUGUCCGGUUUUUUACUUUAUUCGGGCUGUUUCUUUGUGAAUUAAAAUAAAGUCAUUCCACUUUGUCUCA